AUGAAGGUUUCAAAUAUAGCGUUUCGGCAACAGCUGACCGUCUUGAUCAAUGUUGCUCUUCCUUUGGCUUUAGCUUCUUCUCAACCUGCUUUCUGUUCAAUGUUGCUGUUAAAUGGUUGUAGCGAUUCGAAGGCAAUGCACGCCCUUGGAAAAAGUUUAUUAGGUCGUAUGGCGAAGUUACGGGAGAAUAAAGAAAAAAUUUUUUCAACUUUGUACAAGAUCAAGGAUGAAAUGAAGGAACACGAAGAACUGGACAAGACAUUAAUGGCGGAACUGAGGGCCAAUUACUAUAUGUUGUGUGCCCAAGAAGACGAGUUUUUGAAAGUCAUGCAGAAUAGGAAACUUUGUCAGCUUUCCAGUCAUAAUUCGUCAAAGAGGAGCGACCUUGCACUUUUAAACAUGUGUAUUUCAAUUUUGGAGAUUAGGCAGCUUCAAAGCGGGUCAUGCUAUAUUACUCCACCGAGUAAUUAUAAUUCGUCGGCCCAAUGUUUACAGCGUUGUAAGCAGAUACCAGUUAAUGAUCAGCUGGAGACGAUAAGGAAGAAUAAAGAAAAAAUACAGCUUACUUUGAAAAAUUUAAAGGAAGGUUCAGGGUUUGAUGAGGGAUUACAGAGUAAAAUGUUAGCUGAGGUUACGGCAGACUACUAUAUGUUAAAGGCUCAGGGGAACGAUUGUACGAAGCAAACUCAGAAGGAAAAACAGACCGUAGAUUUGUUGAAGAAAUUACGGGAGGAGAAAAGGCGAGUUAUUUUAGUGCUACGUUCACUUCGAGAGAAUAUCGCUGAAGAUGAGGUUAUUAAAGAGGUAGACAAAACGUUGAUAGCUGAAAUGUUAGCCAAGUAUGAUAUGCUUAGUUUUCAAGAAGAGGAGUUGCGGAGGCCUAACAAGGAUCCUGAGAGAAUGACUGUGAAUGAAAAUGCUAAGUCAAAGAAUGACCAGCAGAAAUUGACGUGA